AACCUGCGGUACCCGGAUGUGCCAGGGGAGAUACAAGCACCUGUCCCUGGGAUACAGGACGGUGUACAGAUGGAUGUCAGGCAGGAUGGAAGGGAGGAAGACUGCACUACAGCCUGCAUACAAGGGGUGGAAUAUGGAGCUAAGUGUUCGGGUAACUGCAGUGCCCGGAUGUGUGAGGGAGGGAAUGCCACCUGUCCCCAGGAUUCAGGCCGCUGUGAGAACGGAUGCCAGUCAGGGUUUAAGGGAGAAGACUGCGCACAAGCCUGUGUUCAAGGUGUGGAAUACGGGGUUGGGUGUCUCAGAACCUGCGGUACCCGGAUGUGCCAGGGAGAUACAAGCACCUGUCCCCUGGAUACAGGACGGUGUACAGAUGGAUGUCAGGCAGGAUGGAAGGGGGAAGACUGCACUACAGCCUGUGUCCAAGGUAUGGAAUAUGGAGUUGGAUGUGCCAAGAACUGCAGUACCCGGAUGUGCCAGGGAGAUACAAGCACCUGUCCCCUGGAUACAGGACGGUGUACAGAUGGAUGUCAGGCAGGAUGGAAGAAGGAAGACUGCACUACAGCCUGUGACCAAGGUAUGGAAUAUGGAGUUGGAUGUGCCAAGAACUGCAGUACCCGGAUGUGCCAGGGAGAUACAAGCACCUGUUCCCAGGAUACAGGACGGUGUACAGAUGGAUGUCAGGCAGGAUGGAUAGGGGAAGACUGCACUACAGGGUGUAGUCCUGGUACAUAUGGUGCCAACUGUUCUGGGACAUGUGGACAGUGUCGUGAUUUUAAGACCUGUCAUCAUCUCAGCGGUGCCUGUCCAGACGGAUGCAUUGACGGCUGGGCUGCGAACAUCUGCACGGAAAAAAUCAGUAAGCCGUUGUCCGCUAGUCCUGCUGUUAUAGCCGGUGUCGUUGUUGCUGCCAUUGCUGUAGUCGCCAUCGUUGCUCUUGUUGUCGUCCUCCUCAGGCGAAGGAGUCAUCGGAAGCAGCCAUACAAUCACACCGAAAUACACAAAGAGGACCCACUAGAAAUGGGAGUGGACAACCCUGUGCCUGUCCUAGGGGAGGACGAGGACGAUGUAGAGGAGGACCACAAUGCCACGUACUACAACAUAGCGAGAGCUCCUGUUGUGACGGUGGUGUCUGUAGAUCAGCUGGGGGAACGGAUCAAGGAGCUGCAGGUGCCCGUCGGGGGAUUCCAGGCAGAGUUUCAGAAGCUGCCCACCACCUUCACCCGGCCUUACAAUGAUUCACAGCUGGAGGAAAACAAAGGCAAAAACAAAUACAUAAGUUAUUAUCCAUAUGAUGCCACUCGGGUCGUAUUGCAGGAACUGCCAGGCCAGCCUGGUUCCGACUACAUCAACGCCAGCUACAUCGAUGGAUACUCUCAACCCAAAGCCUACAUAGCAGCACAAGCUCCCAACAGGAUGACCCUGACAGACUUCUGGAGGAUGAUCUGGGAACAGAACUGUACAAGAGUCGUCAUGUUGACAAACCUGAAGGAGUUGGGAAGGGUGAAGUGCGUCGCGUACUGGUCUGACUCAACAGACAUGAACACUGGUGACUUCAUCAUCUCUGUGACCGACUCCAGUAUGCGAGCUAACUGGGUGGUCAGAGAACUGCAUGUCACAGACAGACAGACAAACACAAGACGAUGUUUCAAUCAGUUCCACUUCACAACAUGGCCGGAUCAUGGAACUCCCGAGGAGAUGGCCUUGACUGAGUUUCUGUGGCUGGUCAGGACAUCACGUACCACACAGGAUGACCCGCUACUGGUUCACUGCAGUGCUGGGAUCGGCCGGACAGGAACCUACAUCGCCCUGGACUACUUGCUGGACCAGGCUGUGGCUGAAGAUGCGGUGGAUGUGUUUGGUUGUGUCUCGGGGAUGAGAGACCAGAGGAAGGGCAUGAUACAGACCAAGGAGCAGUACACGUGUCUGUAUACGGCCCUGCAUGAAACACUCCAGGUUGGCAAUACCGCCAUCAGCCUCGAAGAAUUCAGGAGCAACCGAAAUGUGAAAGGGACGUUCUCCACAGGUCGGAUGUCAAUCACCAGGUUCAUAGAGACCCUGAACACCCAACGAAAGGAGCAGUCCAACGAAACAAGCGUGAAAGGUCAGGUGUGGAUAAAUGGACGCUCAGACAUCCUGUCUAUCCGCCUGCGGUCCCACCUGUCCAUGAAUGGCUACCUGUUAACUGAGGCCCCCUCCGUCACCACGGCGUCUCUGUUCUGGAAACUCACAGAGGAACAGGAGUCUUCCACCGUCAUUGUCCUGCCAGACUCGCACCAGAGUCUGUCCAGUUUUGUUCCAUCCCCAGGAGACAGCCUAGAUCUGGACCCUGUGACUGUCAGAUGUUCCACUGAGAUUCCCGUCAACACUGACAUCACCCUCCUGAACAUCCACAGACAGAUGGAGAACUCUCAACCAACACAUGUGCGGGUGUACAUCUUGAACAAUUUACCUGCUCAAUCCCCUUCGGCUUUCUUGGAACUUCUGGAAGAACUGGACCGCCACGCAGGAGACGUCAAUCCCAACACUGUCACUGUUAUGUACAGCGAUGGCGGCAGGCAGAACGGAGCAAUGUUAUGCAUCCUGAGCAAUAUUGUCCAAGGCCUGAAGUAUGACAAACGAGCUGAGAUCUACAACAACAUGAGAGCUGUGGGCCACUGUCUGGAUCAGGACAUCACACAGGCUGACGUUGCCCUGUGUUACGACGUGGCCGCAACUUACCUGGAGUCCCAGAACAUCUACGCCAACAUGUGAUCUCCAGCUCUAUGCGCUGCUAGAGUGUACUGGUGGAUUAGAAACAUUCAAGCAAUUGUAUCUCUGUGUGACGUCUUUUCAUGACAGAACAGUACAAUGCUACCAUGGGUUUCUUGACACAACCAGACAUGAUGCUAAACAAUUUCUGCGGAUAUUUUUUAAUGUAUGCAAUGUUUCGAGCUGAGCUAAGUGGCUUGGUAGGUGUUAAUGUAUAUAAAGUUUAUGAUACCAGCCUUUGACUGUAUUGACUUCACAAAGGAGAAAAAUGUCAAAGCGUUUUUUAAAAGAAAUUGAAUUCAUUGAUUGAAUUUGAUGUACCUUCUGUUAUUUUAUAGAUAGGUAGUACAUGAUUAUUAAGUGCGAUUUUUGGUGGCUGUUACCUUGAUGGGGGUUGUAGAACCGUAAAAUUAUGGUCCCCGGGAGUGUAUGUAAGUCCAGACCAUUUACAGCAUAUUCAUUUCUAACACCGUUUUUAACGGCAAAAACAGUGGAAUAAUUUAUGAAACGUCAAACAUUCGGGACAAUCUCUUGCAGCUGAAGGGGUGGUAUGGUACAAAUCCUGGGGGGGAAUGGUACAUGAAGCAGAAGUAUUUUAAGUCGCCACGGCCCCGGGUUGGUGGCCUAACUUUGAUUGCUGGUUAUCUCUGCCUCUUUGAUCUUAUAUCGUUAAUUUAUAGUUUAGUAUUUUAAAUGCUUUUUGAAUUAGUUUGUUUUACAGUUCUUGGACAACAGGACUUGAUAGUUUAUAAAUAUUUUUUUAUUUAUAUGGCUGGAAUAUUGCCGAUCUGACGUAAAAUGUUAACUCACUGGCUCACUCACUCAUCCAGAAGUUGGGGUCUCCUACUACAAAACUAGACUGGAACAAGGUGCGGGGCGUUCUACAAAGGCUUUACAAUGGAUGCAACCGGUCGAUAACAUCCGUAUACAUCUGCUUAUUUUGAGGGUCGGGGGAAUGGAUGACCUUAUCAUUUUCAAAAACUAUAAUGCAUGCAACAAUAGUGAGUGAGUGAGUUAAAAUUUAUAGUCACUUUGGCAAUAUUUCAGCAAUACCGUGGCCUAAAAGGGUCAUCAUGCAACAAUGAGACAAACAUGCUUAAUCAUACGCUGUCAUAGAAUAUGAGAGUUAAUCACAAGUGGAACGUCAAUAAAACAUAUGCUUGUAGGUACAAUAUCAUAGACCAGGACAAAAUAUUUGUUUUAGUGUUAUCAAUGCCUUUUAGUCAAUAUGUUAACGAUUAAAGUAACUAUGAUUAGUUUUGCCACAGUUUCAUAGAUGGGUUUUCUGGUGGGUAAUAUCUUUGUCAUGCUUGGGGACAGAAACACACCUUACCACCCGGUGUCCCCGUGUCACAUGCUGAUUUCUCCUGUAUGGUGCUGGUAGUUGAACUCUUGUACAGUACAACCAGAAAUUAUUGAGAAUGUAAAGAUUGUAC